AUGAGCGAUUCCAAUGAAGUGAAGACAUCGUUAACCCAAUUGCAAAACAGGAAACAACUGUUGACUCAAAAGUUGGCCAUAAUUUCAGCCAAAUCUCGUCAUUUGCAGCAAAAACUCGAUGACAAACGUCGGAAGACAUCACUUCUCAACGAUUCCAACCAUGAGUUGGAACUUCAGUUGUCUUUACUGAAGGCUGAGUCCAAUGGAUUACAUCUAAAGACCGCUUCUCUUGAACUACAACUCAACGGAAGUCGUGAUUGUGUCCAACGAUUGAGACAACAAUUGGUUGAUAAACGCAAUCAACAGUCGAUUGUCGUGGAUCAGUUUAGCAAAGAAGUGGACAAAUUGAGUCAAAGAUUCAAUCGUUUGACGAUAAAUAACGUGAAUUUGAAUCGUCGAGACAUUGGACACAAACUGAAGACAAUUGACGCACAAAUCACUUACUUUCGUGCGAAAAGGGCUCAGCUGUAUAAAGAGUUGUUUAAUAAAAUGUUUGGCGAACACAACGACAACAACGAUGAGUACAACGACUGGCCGAUUGAACACCGGCUCCAAACACUGUUAGUCCCGAAACUGUUUGAAGAGGAGAACCAAAUGCUGAUACAAAGGAAUAAGUGA